AUGGAGGACUUCUGGGCGGCAGUAGUUUGGGUUGGGAGGAUAUGGUUGUGCCUCAUAGUCUGCCUGAUCAUGAUCCCUGCCAUGUUUGGUUUCUCACUGGGCAUUUCGGAGGCCUACAUGGACAUCCUGGUCAAAACAUUGGAGUGGGCCACACUAAAAUUACAGAAGGCAAGCACAGAAGAACAAACACUCAAAGCAUCUUCAUCUAGUGCUCUCAUCCAGAGGGAAGAUGGCUCCAUGGAGAAAGAGUUAGAAGAAUUAAGACGAAGUCGCCCCAAACCUCCAGUUGGUGGCGAUUUUACACUUAGCGACUGUUUCUAUUUCACCCGCAGAGGGAUUGAGAGCAUUGUAGAGGAUGAGGUGACUCAGCGGUUCUCUUCAGAGGAGCUAUUGUCUUGGAAUCUCCUCACUCGCACCAACAAUGACUUCCAAUACAUCAGUCUGAGGUUAACCCUGGUCUAUGGUCUCGGCAUAUUUGUCAGAUACUGUAUUCUCGCACCUCUCAGGAUAACUCUAGCCUGUAUUGGUCUCACCUGGCUGGUCAUGGGCACAUCGGCAGUGGGGCUGCUUCCCAACUCGAGGAUGAAAUUCUGGCUCAGUGAGUGGGUCCACGUCAUGUGCUACAGAAUCUGUGCCCGAGGCCUCUCUGCCGCCAUCCGCUAUCACAACAGGGAAAAUAUACCGAAAAAAGGCGGCAUCUGCGUGGCUAAUCACACCACCCCUAUUGACAUUGUCAUACUUUGCAAUGAUGCCUGCUAUGCUAUGGUGGGCCAAGUGCAUGGAGGUCUAAUGGGUGUUGUCCAGCGGGCAAUGGUGCGGUCCUGUCCCCACGUGUGGUUUGAGCGAGCUGAGAUGAAAGAUCGCCACCUGGUGACCAAGAGGUUAAAGGAUCACGUGAAUGACAAGACAAAACUCCCCAUAUUGAUAUUUCCAGAGGGAACCUGCAUUAAUAACACGUCAGUCAUGAUGUUUAAGAAGGGAAGUUUUGAAAUAGGAGCAACAAUUUACCCCGUGGCAAUUAAGUAUGACCCCAAGUUUGGGGACGCCUUUUGGAACAGUUCCAAGUACAGCAUGGUCAACUACCUUCUGAGAAUGAUGACAAGCUGGGCCCUGGUCUGCAAUGUCUGGUAUCUCCCCGCCAUGCACCAGCAGGAGGGGGAAGAUGCUGUCCAGUUUGCCAACAGAGUCAAGUCAGCCAUCGCUCACCAGGGCGGACUAGUGGACCUACAAUGGGACGGAGGCCUGAAGCGAGCGAAAGUGAAGGAGUCGUUCAAGGAGGAGCAACAGAAGCAGUACAGCCACAUGGUGGUGGGAGACGACAGCAGCAGUAACAGCGACUGA